GAAGAAGACGAAACGGUAGCUCGACAGCUAGAAGGCUAAAUAAAAACUUAAGAUUACAGCUGUGAGCACUACGGUACUCUGGAAGCUGGGCUUGAAUGUGUAACCUGAGGCUUCGCUCACUCCCAUAAUAACAAUAUAAAAGCCUCAAAAUGGACUACGACGAAAAGACCAGGUCUCUGAUGUUCACGCUUACUUACAUGCUAAUGAAGCGGCGGAGAGACUUGACUAACGCCGAGACUCGGAGACGGAAUGAAGCCCAGCAGAGAAUCAGACAGAGGCAGUAUUUCCUCCAGAGACAGAAGAGGAUGCUCAUGAUGUUGAUUGCUCAGAGCACCCGUUCUGUCAGCGUCGCACGCACUCGUGCUUGGACCAACAUAGAGAGCACUGAUUGGUGGGAGCGGGUGGUCAUGACAGAGUUCCAACCCUCUGAUUGGCUGGAGCACUUUAGAAUGAGCAGAGAGACCUUCUUCCUCCUCUGUGGGAAGCUGAAACCGCGCCUCACUCGGCAGGACACCUGCCUGCGGCCGGCGCUGCCCCUGGAGAAGCGUGUGGCGGUGGCCCUGUGGCGCCUGGCCUCUAACGUUGAGUACCGGACCAUCAGCACGCUGUUUGGCGUAGGUCGCUCCACCGUGUGCAAGUGUGUGCGGGAGGUGUGCCAUGCCAUCGCUGUCAUGCUCCGCCCACUCUACCUCCGCACACCCAGUCAGCAGGAGCUGGAGGAUGCUGCCCGUCUUUUCAGCACUCGCUGGGGCUUCCCGCACUGCGUGGGUGUCCUGGGCAGCCUCCACGUGCCAAUUAUUGCACCGACUGCCAAUGCUGACAGCUACUGGAACAGCCGCGGCUGGCUCUCUGUGGUCACUCAGGGCGCAGUGGACGGUCUCGGCCAGUUCUGGGAUGUGUGCGCUGGCUUCCCUGGGGGCACCGAGCAUGCCGCCAUCCUACAGAACUCUACACUGUGGGCCAUGGGGUGUGAGGGCGGCCUCUCACCCCGUGAUCCACCGCCUCGGAACUUCAUGGGCAAGCCCUUGGGUUACCUGAUGCUGGGGGAUGCUGGGUAUCCCCUCCAAAGCUGGCUACUAAAGGGUUACCCUGAGUCUGAGGGACUAACGCCCGGGCAGCGGGCUUUCAACCGGCGUUUGGAGAGGGCCCGCAGUGUGGUGGACGACGCUUUCCUGAGGCUCAGGGCACGCUGGCAGUGCCUGCUAAAAAGAAACGACUGUCACAUGGACGUGGUGCCCACCAUGAUCCUGGCCUGCUGCAUCCUCCACAAUGUCUGCGAAGUGCACGGGGACACUUUUGUGGACGAGUGGGUGCAGGCUGUGAGACAGGAGGACAAUCCACAGCCGGCUGAUGAGGCGCCGGCCUCAGGCGACAAUCCUGCCGGAGAUGAGGUGCGAGCGCUGUACUGUGAAUACUUCUUGCAGCAGGACAACCAGCAGAACCAACAGGAGCAGCAGAACUGAGACAAACUGUUCUCUAUAACUGCCCUACAAGAAAGUGUUUAUUAGAUAUCUACACAGAUUGGCCAUUUUAUCAGAAACUCCUACCAUAUAGGUGCACUUGGUAGGUUUGCAGUUAUUGACUGUACCCUGAUCUGUUGUUCAUCAAUAAAACGAGACCACUGUAGGGCCACUGCUGAUGAGAUAUUUGGGCGGUGGACCAUUACAACAGCAGUGACGCCAGGGUAAUGCUUUAUUUGAAGGCUACCUACAUUGGGACUUCAUAACACAUUUAUAAGCACUGAAUCAUGACUAAGCAGUUUUAAAGCAAAACAUGAGCAUUUAUAAAUACCUUAUGUCUUAAUCCCAGUAUGACAUCAGAUAUUUUAUAAAGUGAAUCACACUUUGAUGGACAUUUGCUCCAUUUAUAACACUGUCAUGAAGCACCAUUACCAAGUAAUAGAACUUGAAUUAAAGUAUGUUACAUUGAAUGAAUGUGGCUGCAGACCUGAACAGUUAACUCUGUUUUUCAUGUUUGCUGGCCUCUGUAAUGAAAAUGUUAUUAGAAUAAUAUUACACAAAAUCUGUGAUAAAUCAAAGUGCAUAUUUAAAAGUACAUAAUCUUGUACUUUUGUACUUGAAAUAAAACUCCUACUUUUACUCAAGUACAUAAUUUUUGUAUUUGUAUGGAUGCAUAUGGAAAAACAUGUAUGACAAUCAUCACAUAGUUUAUGGGUACCAGAAUCUUCCAUAGACUGGUAUGUGGUGCUCUUAACUAGGCCUCCAUCUUAUAAGUUCCAGUUUUUAGAAAUGAUGCUUCAUAACAAUGUUAUAAAUGAGACAAAUUACCAUCACUUUGGUUUGAAGCCCUUUGUGGCAAUACAAUGUCAUUUACUCCAUCUUGUGAUUACUGCCAUAAUGUAUUCAAGAGUUGCUUUACAAAUACACAAUUUAAUGCUUGUGCAUGUGUUUUGAAGUUUUGUCUAGGUAACCUUCAAAUAAAGUGUUAUGGAGACUGACAUGGUAGUGAGUAUUGUGCUGGUAUGAGCAUAACAGGCAGCAAUUAAUUGUAAGCCAAGUUCACCCUGAAUGGACAUAUGUAUAGGUGUAGGCCUACCUUGUUGCUUCCGCCUUUGGUGAUAUUUGUCUGUAGCUGUGCUCUUUGUUUUCUUUCUUACAUUUCUGUUGUAGUGUUUUUGUCUACUUUACUCUAAUACCUGUUUUGAUUUUGCUUGUCUUUAUUUGUUCCUGCCUGUUCUGUAGUUCAAAUAGUUUGUAGUUUUUUUGUAGUGACUUUUGUAAUUUUUUUUCACCAUUUCUGAAGAUCAGCUGUCAUUGUGUGAAUGUUUCAUCAUGAACAGACCAUAAAACAGUUCAGAUCCUUACGUCUUAAAAUACAUUUUAAAAACCGAAGGUUAUAACAUGGCUGAAGAUGUCUUCUUUUUACUGUUAUUAAAGGUAUGACAUUCUAACACGAUGGCUAAAGACCAGGUUGAAGAGCUGAUGUAGAAUCAGGAGAAGAGGCAGGUUGCAGAGUGUAUAUUAAACUAAUUUACAGUAGCACAUCAAAAGAACUGCAAGAUGAAUAAAGAGCGGUUAGGGAAAUUGAGAGGAGGGCUAAUGACAGUCAUAUGUCAUACAUGCAUCCAUCUCAAACUGUAUAUACAGUCAUAUGUAAAGGUUUGGAUGGACUUCAAAUUACGUUUCUGUUGAUUUUCUAUAUGAAAAUAAGUAAAUCCUCUACAGAGAACGCACUUCUGCACAUUUUAUUGCACAAUUACUGUUUAAAGUUAAAUAGAAAAUGUGGCCUGUGAAAAAGUUACAGCACGUUUUAUGUUUUGUUUUUUUUUUUCUUUUUUUUCUAAUUUCUUAAACUCGGGAAACAAACAGAAAUUGUGCACUAAAAUUAGCAUCUGUUUGAAUAAAUUAGACAUCAGUACAGUGUACAGUGUUAUGCAGUGGAAAUGGUAUUUGUUGAUGUCUUAAAAAUAAAAAAACAUUUUAUUUGUUAAAAUUGUGCGACAACGCUGUGAAAAACAAAGCAAGUUUUUCAAGUUACAUAUGCAGACGCUAGGAUUUUCUCCUUCUCCUACAAAGAGAGCAAAGACCUUAAAGUUUGUGUUUCAGGGAAUUCAGGAGUGCUGCAAAGCCAAAGCCGACAUGCAGCUGGACACUAUAACGCUCUCUGGUGGACGGUCCGUACAGAUUCAAGCCUAAGUUGUUGGACUUAUUGUUACACAUCUCACUGUCACUGUUUCUGUAAAGAGUUCUGUUAUGUCUUGAAGGUGUUUGUUUUAAAACAGGAAAGUUGUCUUAACUAAACUUAUUUUAUAUGC